AUGGCACGACCACAGAAAAUGGUCAUAGUCGGCGCCGGGCCGGUGGGCUCACUGGCCGCCCUCUACGCCGCCCAGCGAGGCUACCAAGUUGAGGUCUACGAGUUGCGUCCAGACCUCCGGGAUCCCCGCAUUGUCCCUCUCAACUUUACAAAGUCCAUCAACCUCGCCCUCUCGGAGCGAGGGAUUAACGCCAUCCGUCAUGCCGGACUACCGGAUCUGCUGCAGGACAUUCUCGGCGCCUGCGUGCCCAUGCGCGGCCGCAUGAUUCACGGCAAGAAACCGUCCGGCGCUUUAUACCAAGUGCCCCAAGACUUUGACGUCCACGGCCGAUGCAACCUGGCCAUGGACCGCGGCGCCCUCAACGCCCGUCUGCUGGACGCGCUCGAGGACCUGCCCAAUGUUGAGCUCUUCUUCAACCACAAGCUGACGGGCGCCGACUUUCGCGCCCGCAAGGCCUGGAUCGAGGACCGCGACCGCCUCUCGCCGAGCGGCCGUCCGCGCGAAAUCGAAAUCGCCUUUGACCUCAUGCUCGGCGCCGACGGCGCCCACUCGGCCGUCCGCUACCACCUGAUGAAGUUCUCCCGCAUGGACUACCAGCAAGAGUACAUUGACACCCUCUGGUGCGAGUUCCGCAUCGACGCCGGCAAGGCCCAGACGGGCAGCGGCGCCGAGACGUGGAAGAUUUCACCCAACCACUUGCACAUCUGGCCGGGCAAGGAUUUCAUGUUUAUUGCGAUUCCCAGUGAGGACGGUUCAUUCACCUGCACCCUCUUCCUACCCGCCAGCCACUUUGCGACACUAGAGGCCGACCCGUCGCAGGUGCCCAACUUCUUCGACGUCAACUUCCCCGGCGUCAGGGACCACAUCUCCGACGCCUCCCUCAUAGAGGCCUUCAACACGAACCCGCACCUGCCCCUCAUCAGCCUCAAGUGCAAGCCCUACCACUUUGGCUCCUCGGGCGUCAUCCUCGGCGACGCCGCCCACGCCAUGGUCCCCUUUUACGGCCAGGGCAUGAACACGGGCAUGGAGGACGUCCGCCUACUCUUUGCCAUUCUCGACAAGCACCGGACCCAGCUGGCCGAGACCAACAACCCCCUCUCCGACGACUCCGACGACUAUGAUGCAAUGGAGGCCUCGACCGCUGCCGACGCCGCCGCCGACCAGGCGCACGCUCAGGCCCUCGCCGAGUACUCGGCCACGCGCUGGGUCGACGCCCACACCAUCAAUGACCUGGCGUUUCAAAACUACGUCGAGAUGCGCACCUCGCAGUCGACCACGUACAAGCUGCGCAAGGCCCUUGAGGAAUUCAUGUCGCUGCGCUUCCCCUGCUUUGGCUGGCAGACGAAAUACUCGCUCGUCGUCUUUAGCAACCGCCCGUAUUCGGAGUGUGUCCGCCGCACGGAUCGGCAGGGCCGCGUUCUGAUGCGUGUCUUUGCCGGCCUGGUCACGAGCCCGUUGCUCGCCGCGGGUGUCUGGCUUGCCUACAGCUACCGCAGGCCGAUGAAGGAGCUCUGGCACAAUGCGGUCGCGAUAUGGCAAAUGAUGUAA